GCCCUCCCCCUUCUAUGCGGCCACUGGAGACACACCCCUGGGGCUAAUGCGCAAGCGCCGUUCUGCCCCGUUCGCGGUGGGCUGUGUCGUUACGCAUGCCCGGGCGGCGGCGGGAGACUCCGCGGAAUUUACCGCCGGAAGUUCGGCGGCCACGACCAAAGAGUGGAGGUGAAGGGUAAUCGCGGGACGUUGGGACUCUGGGCGAGCCUCCUCGCUCCCUCCCGCGGGACUCCAGGACAGGCCCCACGCCCUCGCUGACCCGCCUUGGGCUGAAGAAACACAUUCUGGAAAUAGCCACUCAGUAUCAUGGCCGGCAGCCCUAAUGAAGAUCCUGAAGGAAGCAGAAUCACUUAUGUGAAAGGAGACCUCUUUGCAUGCCCCAAAACAGACUCUUUAGCGCACUGUAUCAGUGAGGAUUGUCGAAUGGGUGCUGGGAUAGCUGUCCUCUUCAAGAAGAAAUUUGGAGGAGUGCAGGAACUGAUAAAUCAACAAAAGAAAUCUGGAGAAGUGGCUGUGCUGAAGAGAGAUGGGCGAUAUAUAUAUUACUUGAUUACAAAGAAAAGGGCUUCACACAAACCAACUUAUGAAAACUUACGGAAGAGUUUAGAGGCCAUGAAGUCCCAUUGUCUGAAGAAUGGAGUCACUGACCUCUCCAUGCCCAGGAUUGGGUGUGGUCUUGAUCGUCUGCAGUGGGAACAUGUAUCCGCGAUGAUUGAGGAGGUGUUUGAGGCAACAGACAUCAGAAUUACUGUGUACACACUCUGAACAGAGGAGCAUUUUGGAUGUGUCCACAUUCUGUGUCAUCCCUGCUGGGCCAAAGGACUGGGAAAAUUGACCUUAGAAUGGUCAGAGGAAAGUUUCAUGUGAAGUAGUCUGUGUCACAGGCCAGACUUGGGUUGUUGUAUUCCCAUGAUUGUUCUGGAACCCUGGAGGAAGGAUUGCUUGGGAAAUGUUGCUGUGUUUUUUUUUUUUUUUGCUGGAAGGUAAGGAGUAAAUGUCCUGAUAAGAGGCAGGGAAACCAGAUGUUGGGCCUAUGACUCCUGUUUUGCUUCAGGAUGCUAGCUGAUUUGUUUGGCUUGCCACUAGGUGGCAGCAUUGAUUCUACUUCUCUGCUGUUUAAGAGAAAUUUCAGGAAGGAUGAGUAUUUCAAUUAAUUUUGCAUCUUUUGUCAUUUGUUCACUUGGUAAUAUCUUUAUGUCAUCAAAUUCAUUCUAGGAGAGCAUUAUGGGUUUUGUUUUGUUUAAAUUACAAAGAAGAGUUUUAUGUUGUUAAGGAAUUUGUGGUGACAAAAAUGGAAAAAUAAAUAGCUUUUUUUCGGG